GCGAUCUCUCGCUACGCGCGGCUCUCACGGACGCAGCGGCGCGACGUAUCACGCGUAUACGCACAUACGCAUGUAUGUACGGGGUGAGUCACGAGACCCGCGCGGCUGACCGCGAGCAAGAGGUGCCUCCAGCGGGAAUCGAGCGGGCGGGCGCGCGCGAGCUCGUCUCAGCUCGUGUCACCGCCGCUUGCGUAGAGUCGACCGUCCCACUCUUGAUCAGCGCAUGGAGCCGGGCGUCGGCGGUCGACGUGGCCCACGGACGGAUCCGUUUGGUGAGUCGCUCGACUUAUGGUUCACCCUGUGUAGUGCGCGUUAUAUACGUGCUUCACGGCGCAGUACGUGCGAACAUCGUCCCCCGAGCCUCGAGGAGCGGAUCUCGAUCGGGCAAGGUUAUCUAGAUACAUCGACCGCUCGAUUGUUACUGGCCGUUCGAGCGUUACUGCGCGCGCGCGCGCGCGUCUAGUAAAAUCGACGCGGCGCUGUAUAUUUUGAAGACUACUUCGUAAAAGUCGCGCGAUUUUUAAUUUGCGUCUUUCUUUACCCUUCGAAACGAGAGCGCCUUCAACUCUUACUUUGAUUAGAACUUGCGUGUUCCGUUUAUAUCUUUUGCCUCUCUUGCUGAUUUUUCUUUGAAACUGCACUUUUUUUAUCGUCCUUAAAUUGUACGGAUAGUAAAAGUUUUUUUAAAGCAAAAUUAAAUUUUUUCUGACCACCCGCAUAGAUAACAAAAUUCAAAAUGGUGACGAUAAAAGUAUAGUUGAAAUAAAAGUCAACAAUUGCCGCCUCGCCAAAAUAUCCUGCGUUAAAACCUUUAAAACUAGGGUCAAAUUAUAAAAUUAAUAUUAUAUCGCAAGCUAAUCGUUUAAACGUUAAUAGUCAAUUUCGUAGGAUCGAUCGUCUUUAAUAAUACUUUUCGAUACUUCGUCAAUGGACUUGCUGCAACAUUUGUGUCACGAUGUAACUGGGCAAGGUGCAAUGCGUCCACUGAAAAAUGUGUCCCAAAUUGGCUCGAGUUCGAGGCACGGAAAUUAAUUUUCAGACAAAAACAUCGGUAACACUAAAAUUUAUAAUUCUACAAAAUGUACGAAAUACUAAAAUCUCUGUUGGCGAAUAUUGGCAAGUACAUGCGAUAGUCAUUCGUGUCGAAUCUAAGAUGAGUCUCCGACGACCAGAGAUAAACGACUACGCACAUUCCGGGUCGUCACAUGAUAGACAUGAUUUUCAAUGAGAACACUUGGAGCUACGGAUAAAACAAUCUAGGCAGAGUUCGAGACAACGUUUGAGGAGCGAAACUCGAAGAAAUCAGGGAGAUCACGAAACUUACAAGUUUUCUCAGGGACAAUUACAAUCUCUGAGUGUCGUCUCGCUCGUGUCGCCGAGAAUAUGGUGAACGUGCAUCUGUACGACUCUACGGUCUGUCGGCUAUGCGCGGCGGAGAACGGCAAUGAGCACCUCUUCGUCAGCGAGGACGGCGAGCCGGAUCUCUGCUCGCUCGUGAACCGCUACCUGCCGCUGAAGAUUCACAACGAUGGCAAGUUACCGCAGACAAUUUGCCCGGGUUGUAACAUCCAGCUGGAGGCGACGGUGCAGUUCUUCGAGUUGCUGGUGGCUGGUCAGCGCAAGCUGCGCGAACUCUGGAAACAUCAGGUGGAGCAGCAGCGCAAGGUGGAGCGUUUCCGCAGCAGAAAGGAGAAUGUGGAGCUUGGGGCGGAAGGGGUGGAGGCGGAUAGUGUGAUUCAGUAUAACGACGACGAGCAGUAUGGACAGCAAGUGAUUAUUAAGGUUAUGGCAGAUGGAUCUAUAUAUGCGGAAGAGCACGAAAUGAGCUUGCAGAUGGAAGGCUUGACUAAGCCGAGGAGAAAGCGUGGACGUCCACCUAAAGCACUUGCGGAAACAGAUUCUGUGUCGGCAAAAGAGAGUCCGACGGAAGUUAUGAGUCAAGGUGAGGAGGAUAAGCAGGAAGAGGAAGAAGAAGUGGAUGGCGAUGGUAGACGCAGGAGGAAGCGCAAAGUUCCCAAGAGAUAUUUGGAAGCAGUGCAAGGAAAAGAAUUGGAAAGAAUAUUCAAGGAAGAAGGUGUGAUCGAUGAGGAAGACAAUGGCUCUGAAAUGUUUGAAGGUUCAGAAGCUCUGUUAAAGUCUUCUAGUCAGGAUGGCGGAGAAGAGGUGAUAGGCCAUCUCGAGACAGAAGAGGGUACGGAUCUUGGUGAAGUGGUAAUUAUGAACCGUGGACGAGUACGAUCAAAAUCAAAAUUGCGCCGUCGGAAAAGCAAGUUCACUUGCCAACUCUGCGGCAGAGGUUUCUUGCAACGUAGCAGAUACAUAAUACAUAAGGGUUUCCACGCGAGUACCAAGUUUGAAUGCACACAAUGCAAGAAGAUGUUUGAUACUAAAGAGAAUUUGACAUUGCAUCAAGAAACGACUAAACACAGUUCAAAUUUCGCUGAAGAAAAUGUUGAGGUACAGGAGGCGCAGAAGACGAACAACGCAAAGCAAAACACCUCUUUGAAAUCUUCCGAAGUAGCCAAAGAUUCCAGCAAAGCGACUUAUACGUGCGAAAAAUGUAACAAGCAAUUUGAUCUGAAACAAGAAUACGAAUUGCAUAUGAGAGUAGCGCACGAGCAACAAAAGUUCUCCUGUAGCAAUUGUAACAAGAGUUUCGCAAAUCAAUCGGACCUGAAGACGCACAUGACGACGCAUGGGAAAACAAAGUCGGAUAAAGACUAUCCUUGCGAUAUCUGUGGCAAGGUUCUAAACCACCCGAGUUCCGUCUUGUAUCACAAAGAAGCUGAACACAACAAUGGGCUUCGUUUUGUGUGCAACAAAUGCAACAAGUGCUUCAAGCAUAAACAGCUGCUCCAGCGGCAUCAGCUGGUGCAUUCGGAUAAUCGGCCACAUGUUUGCAAAUCCUGUAACGCCAGUUUCAAGACGAAAGCAAACCUGAUUAAUCAUCAAUCCACUCACACGGGUCAGAAAAAGUACAGCUGUGAGAUUUGCAAUCAACAAUUUGCCCAUAAAACUAGUCUCACUUUGCAUUACAGAUGGCACAGUGGUCAAAAACCAUACAAAUGCAAGGAAUGUGGCAAAAGUUUCUCCCAGAACGGCAAUUUGCAAGAGCAUAUACGCAUUCACACCGGCGAAAAGCCGUACAGUUGCGAUUUCUGUGGCCGCAAGUUUACUACUUCGUCGCAGUUUAAGUUGCAUAUAAAACGGCAUACCGGCGAACGGCCAUGGAAAUGCGAGUUUUGCUCGAAGAGCUUCUUGCACAAGGAUACGUGGAAGUGUCACGUGCGUCGACAUAAGGGGGAACGUCCGUUUCAGUGUAACGAAUGCAACCGUGGAUUUACGGAGCAGUGGGCGCUGAAGAAACAUCUUCGCUUGCACACCGGUGAGAAACCUUAUUCUUGCGAUGUGUGCGGCAAAGCUUUCGCUGACUGCUCGAAUCUGACCAAGCACAAAAAGGUGCACAGGGAGAAUAAGAAGGUGACUGUGAACAGGCCGGAGGGAUCCCCGAUCGGCGAAGUGUGGCAGAUUCUGCCGAAUUCACAGGAUGCUGACGAUCAGACGUUCACUAGUGAAAUAAUAGCUACUGACGAGAACUCUAAUGACGGGGUCCAACAGAUUAUUUAUGUAUCUUAUCAGGACCCUGACGAUCCCGACGAUUCGCAAACAUUGCAUUUAGUUGAUGCCAACAUGAUCAAGAACAAAAACGAGAUAGUAACAAAUGUGAAUUCCCUAUCACGUUUGGGUAUGCAGAGCGACGAGAUCAUUGUAGAUAAAAUUAUGACUAAUUCGGCCAGCAACAACGAGGAUUCAGAAAUCGAAUUAUCAGAAUCAGAUUUGCAGUUGCAGAUCACGGACGAACACGGAAAUCCGAUUCCGUUGUCUAUUCAAGAAGCUCGCCAACUUUUCUCACAGAAGCAAUUUAUCAAUCAGUUGAACGACAGCCAGAUUGUCAGGGUUCACCCUGGAAUGUUCGCGCAACAACUACAAGCUUUGAAUAUCCACGUCGACGAAGACGACACUAUGGAGGAAACAGGAAUCAUGGUGCGUUCGAGUGCAAACAAGAAUAUCGGGUUGUCGACAAUUCAAAGUGAUGCGCAAGCAAUUGUCCAAGCGCUUGAGGACGAGAGUACCGAUGCCACGACAGUCGCGACGAUUAAUCAGCUGGAAAGUAUCGAGCAGGCUGGACUCGUGGAUGGUGAACAAGCGAUCGAAUUCGUGACUCAGGAUGGUCAGAAGGUUCGGGUCCUAACUUCAUAUCCCGUCGAUUCGAUGCAGCUCGCUUCGGAGUACCUGACUAUUGUGUAAUAAGAGGAAAAUUAGAUUCGUGAUCGGAUGCAAACUCUCUUGUGCAUAUAUUCAUUAAUCUGGUCUUUAAAGGAAGAUAAAUGACGAAAAGGACUCUAAGAAAUUGUUUCACGUCUUCAUUAAAUUUUUCAGAGUUACAUUUAAAUAUACCUUACCUAUAUGUAAUGUUUAUAUUUGCUUGAUAAUGUAGUUUAGUCGACAUUUAUAUUGUGAGGCAACUGAGCACAAUAGUUUUUGAAUUUAUAAGAUCGCUUGAAGAUCGCUUAAGAAUCCUUACCAUUCUGAACAUAUACAUACAUAUGUAUAUAUAAUUAAGACCUGGUUUUUGGACACUUUCUACAUCUAUUAUAGGCUUAAUGUAUUGUACUAGAUUAAAGGUUACAGGUCAAAAACAAUAUACAUGGAUUUAUAGCGGUUUGUCAUCAUAACUGUUGAGUAUUCAAUAAUCAUUCAAUAAUUGAUUUUUUGCAGUAACAAUAUAAUACAUGCGUUUGGCGUAAGACUACCCUGUCUUUUGAUAAUAUUAUAAGAGACACAUUAAGAGAUAAUAAGAGAAAUAGCCUCUGAUAUAAAUUCAUAUGUUACAACCCCAUGUGUACUUAGGUAUUUAUCGGGGCGUAUACAUAGAUAUGAACGGUAUAUAUAUAAUAUAUAUAUAGAUACGCGCAAUGAACGAUGAUAAUUUCUGAGUUGUGUCAGUAAAUGAGUGACAUAUUUCCUACGAACGCCAUUGAUAUGCGUACAACUUUGUGGAUUAAAUGAGUUCACCUCGUGUGUAUAACUAACCCAUACAGCACCGAAGCUUUCAGAAACAUUGUAACAUUGCAACAAUGUUUUCUGAAAUGUUUCUGAAAGCUCUGGUGCUGUAUGGGAAUUUAUCUCGGCUAGAUAAUGUGGAAACGUUCUUUUGUACUCAAAUUGUUACAUUGAUGUAAAUUACGACAAUUCAUUAUGUAACGCGAGCAACGUUGUAUAUAUGUAUAUCAUUAUUAUUCACAUGAGACGUAUAAUAAAAAGAGGCAGAGUAUUUGAAUUCGCGCACGCCAAGAAAGGAUACUUCUCGAGUAUUCCUCUCUCAUUUUCUAAUAAAGUCUUAAUAAAUCUCA